AUGCAUAUAUUAACUUUCAUUAUAUUAAAUAUAUAUAUAACUAUUUGCGUGUGCAUACAUGCUCGUAUAAAAACGGAAAAUUUUAUUAACAUUAACAAGUCAGAAUUUGGCAAACAAAAAAAUAAGCUAGCUAUAAAAAAAAACUUUUACACACACAAAAAUUUCAAAAAAAAGGGGAAAAAAAAAAAAAUAUUCCUUGUUCAGGCAACUAAAGAAAUAAUUAUAGGUACUCGUAAUUCUCCAUUAGCAAUAAAACAAUCUGAAAAAGUUAAAAAAAAACUUUUAACAUAUUUUAAAAAGAUCAAUGAAAAUAUAAAUGUUAUUUUAAAACCAAUAAAAACAACAGGUGAUAAAAUUUUAGAUAAAACAGUGGGCUCAUUUGGGGGGAAAGGGAUAUUUACAAAAGAAUUAGAUGAAGAAUUAAUUAAAAAUAAUGUAGAUAUAUGUGUCCACUCAUUAAAAGAUAUACCUACUGUUUUACCAGACAAUAUUCAUUUAUCCUGUUUUUUAAAAAGAGACACAAUAAAUGAUGCUUUCUUAUCAAUCAAAUACAAAAAUUUGCGUGAUAUAAAUUUAUCUAGCCAUGUAAUAGACAAAGAAAUUGAUUUACCACGCACAAUUGCAACAUCAUCAUUGAGGAGAACAAGCCAAAUUAGAUACAAAUAUAAAAAUUUGAAAUUAAAAUUCAUAAGAGGAAACAUUAAUACAAGAAUAGCGAAAUUAUUUAAUAAUAGUUUUGAUUCAAUAAUAAUUGCAUUUUGUGGUUUAGAAAGAUUAGUAUCAAAAAAAAUUCUUAGACAAAUUAUGAAAAAUAAUAUAAAAGAUAAAUCAUAUAUAAUUAAUUAUAAAAACAUAUCUAUCGAUUUAAGACAUUUAAAUAUACAAAAAUUAAAUACAAAUAUUAUGUGUCCAGCAUUAUGUCAAGGUAUAAUUGGUGUUACAUCAAAUAAAAAUAAUCCUGAAAUUUCUCAAAUUUUAAAAAACAUAAAUAAUGAAAAAUCACAAAUUAUGGCAAAUAUUGAAAGAGCAUUUUUACAAAAAAUCGAUGGAAGUUGUACAAUGCCAAUAGGUGGAUAUACAAAAUUUUCAAAAAAUAAAAUUUUUUUUAAUGCAAUAAUUAACGACAUUAAUGGUCUUGAAAAUUAUAAAAUAAAAGUUGUUAGACAUCUAAAUGAUUUGGAUGGAAUUGCAGAUGAAGCAGCAGAAAAAAUAAAAGAAAAAAUUGGUAUUGAUCAGUUUAAUAAAAUAAAAGCCGAUGCAGCUUUAUAUUACAAAUAG